AUGGGUUUUAAGUCACCAAAGGCAAUACAAAAUUGCCAUAAGUCUUGGCAACUGCUGGUCAUCAUUUUAAAAGGUAAUGCCAAAGAACUAGUUGUAUCAUAUGUAAGACAUUGUUUACCUAAAAGACAAAUUCCAAAUGUAGAAUCCUUCUUCAAAUUUAUACAAACAUGUGGUCCAAACUUUGUUUUUAUGUAUAAGUGUACCUUUACCUUUCUGCUGGCAUUGAAACUAUUUAGAUCUGGUGUAAGAAAUUGUGACCAUGAAGCCAAUCAGUGUGCCAUAAAUGAGCUUUCAAGCCUUUUUAAUGGACUAAACAUGACAACAUACAUGGAGAUUGAUUUAAGAAGAAGAUUCGUCGAAAGCAAAUGCCCUGACAUUUUAAAAUCAUUGUAUGAAAAUCUUACUUGUAUGUCAAGAUCUGGACAUAAUGGCAAAGCUGAAGGUUGUGACUUCAUUUUAGAAGCCUUUAAUAGAAAGGUUAAAAAGUUUAUGCCACCUGGGCCAGCAACAACCAAGAGAUGGCUUAGGGCAUAUAGAAACCUGCCAUUAUUGGAAAAGAUAAAACAAAGUUUAGGCUUAGAUUUCUUCAAUGACACUUCAGAAAGUGAAGGAUUUAGGUAGUUAAUUUUUUCAUAUGUAUUAGUAUACAUAUAUUUAUAAUAUCACUCUUUAUAAAAAAGUCUCAUAAAUAUAUUUAAUAUUAUUUAAGAAUGAUUACAAAUUCAUGAUUGAUUGUUAUAAAAAGUUAUUUUAAGUACUAUUCAUUUAUAAAAAAUAUAACAAUGAGUGUAAAAAAA